UUGUUAUCGUGGAUGAUAUCGACGAGCCGAAACAAGAGAAAGGAGAAAGAAAAAACACGCGACAAUUAGAAAGACGCGCGAGCAACGGACAGUUACGGUUGAUCAUAUUUUCCACCCCUUGUACAGCGAAACGGGCCUUUUAGCUAGCCGUGCCGCAUCCGAUAGAUCGACGAGGAUGUACGCGGGUAGAUCGAUAGUUCCGCAAUGGCUCGUGAACCUCGAGAAGUCGCUUGGAGGAUCGCGGUUACACUGAACGGUUAGAAUCUGUGUUGAAAGCCGAUAAAAAGAAAGCUAGAGAAACAUACACAGACGCACAGGCACAGGGGGAUCCAUCCUGUCGAGGAAAGGAUCGGUUCGGCUCGAAUGCCCCUUGUUACUCGUGUAGCCGUGCCAGGCUUUUAAAUGGUGCAUCAUUCCGAGGAUCUUAGUCGUAGUGAGAUAUUAGGUACGCGUAGAAAGUGUCCAAGAAAGUCGAGGAGACCCUAGUCGUUUGUAUCGAAACCGAUCGGAGUCAAACGCGAUCUCUACGAGUUGAAUAAUCCCGAUCGCAGGCCUAAAUUGUCAUGUUACUCCGAUCGUACUUAGUAUAAAACGCAUAGGAUAAUUUGACGAGGUGUCAACGUAGUAAAAGAGUAAAGUGAGAGAAGCGGAAAAGAAAUACGGAAACGGUACACGAAGGAAGCGGAAGAGUGAAAGAAGAAGGGAAAUAAUAAGAAUAAGAAGAAGGCAAAGAAAGAAGGAUAAGGCGCGUAACCCGUGGACGUGCAAGACGGUUAAAACGAGAACGCGAAUGGCCGAGAACGCGAAUAGGGUGUACCCGGUUACGGCGGUCCAUCUUGCGGGUGAGAUCGAUCCUGAUACAGCGGCACCGGGUAGUUGGUAAUGGGGGGUUUAGGCGAGAAUGCCUCUUCCCUGUCGUCGUCGUCGUCGCCGUCGUCGUCAUCGUCAUCGCCGAUCUUUAGCCUGUCAACAGGUUCCUGUAAGCGUAACCGUUUGUCCCUGUACCGCCGGCCAGAGGCCAGGAUUCCCAUCAAACACGCCGACCAUCGGGUUCCCUUCGAUCGUAGUAAUAGCAUCGACGAGCACGCCGGUAUCGGGCUGCAUCUCCAUUCGAUUGGAUCUAUCGGUAGUAUUAGAAACGAGCCUGAUCGGAUCGGUGAUCGGCGAUCGCGUGAAACCGAGUCGGAUCCACCGAUCGCGAACGGGACGGAAGAUCGGCGACGAGGAAAACAGGAGGCCGAGGGAAAAGGAAGGAGGAGGUGGUGGUGGGGGUGGAGGAGGUGACUCGCCGCCGAGAUGCACCAGGUGCCGUACGGAGCUGGACUUAGCUCGAACGCGGGUCGAAACGAGAGGCUCUUCCGGAAGAAGACGCACGAGUGUAGUCGACGUAGAAACGCCGAAACUCCGAUCGAUCCACCGAUCGAUACAGCUCCAUACUGUCGAGUACAACAACCCCCACAAUUGGCUUCCUCGCCUCGUAUCCUUUCCAGAUACAGAGGAUCCCUGCUACCUUCGAACGUGCUUCUCAUAGGAUUAGCGCUUUGCUGUUUAACCCUAUCGCCGGUAGAACCGCGACAAAACCAUCAUCAUCAUACUUGUCCCGGUUGCCCGCAUCAACAGCAACACCAGCAGCAUAUUCACGAGACGAAUCGGGGCGGUGGUUCGAAGGAUACCGCCGCGCCCAGCCCGGACGAUCUCAGAUUGGAGGCGAUCAAGCAUCAGAUACUAACUAAACUCGGCCUUAGAACGCGACCGGACGUAAACAGAACUUUGGCCACGGUGCCUAGGCAUUUGGCGCUCGAGACACUUUACAGAGCCGAGGCACAAUCCUCGUCUCGUUAUCCGUCCGACAGAUCGAACGACGACCAUGACACCGUCUAUUCCCCGGACAUUCUCUACGGCGGCGACGAGUAUUCCUAUAAAAAUCUCGAUCACCGAGCCGAGAGUUCGGCUAAAGACAACUCCAGGUUUGAUUCAUCCUAUCAAGUCUACGGAGAACGCGACGCUCAAGAUUCGCAGGAGGAGAUUGACGAUUUCUACGCGAGAACCUCCGAGAUUAUCACGUUCGCCGAGCCCGGAAGAACGUUAAACGGACAACCGCUACUGGAAUUCCCGAUGUCCAGCGGGGAACCAGCGUUGGAACCUUUGAAAAUCAAGAGGGCAACGCUUUGGGCGCGAGUCGAAUUCAAACACGCCCAUCAUUAUCAACACCAUCGCCAGGGCGAAACGAACCAAAGAAACAUUACGCUGUGGGUAUUCAGGGUACGCUGCGGCAACAUGACGCACUUGCGUGGAAAGGAGCUCGGGCAACAUCUGGAAAUGGUAACGUCCCUAGGUGUGAACAUCGGUCAAUUGGGGUGGCUAAAGUUCGAUGUCACCAGAGUGGUGAACAGUUGGUACACGACUAACGAAGGUUCGACCAGAGACAAAUUGACACUGUUAGUCGAUUGUACCGGAUGUGGUUCGCACGUCCACGUAUCGACGUUCAAUGGUCAUUCCCCGCACGUGAUCGACUCGUCGUUUAACGCAAAAGGUACUCAAGACCCGGACAGACCGUUCCUAGUGGUUCGCACCGAUCCAGCGGCUGUGAAAAGAGUUAGAAGACGGGCGGUCGAAUGCAGCGGCGCGAUAAAGGGUCAAUGUUGCAAGCAAAGGUUCUACGUGAAUUUUUCUCAACUCGGUUGGGACGACUGGAUAAUCGCUCCGCAGGGGUAUUACGCCAACUACUGCAGGGGUGAUUGCGCGACAGGGCAUAGAACGCCGGACACCUUCCUCAACUACUACACCCACGUGAUCGAGGAAUACAGGAAAAUGGAUCGACUGGCCGGUAUGCAACCGUGUUGUGCCCCUCUAAAAUUCUCGCCAAUGUCGCUAAUCUAUUACGGCCCCGAUUCCAACAUCAUCAAAAGGGAUCUACCAAAGAUGGUGGUGGACGAAUGCGGAUGUCCCUAAGUGUUCCUCGAUACCGCUACCACGAAACGAAGGGUUCGCGCCGCUUUACCAUCGAAUAUUACCCUCGACUUUCGUGUUCCAAUCAAAACCUUCUCUAUACAUAUAUACCACCUACCGUUUUCUUCCGCGUUCGUCGAAAGUAUACCUAGUAUCUAGUACGAAACUUUUCGAACGAGUUACGCCGAGUUACGCGUGUAUUAGAAGAGAAAAAAAGAAAAGAAAAGAAACGGUUUCAAUCGUGUCCGCACCUCUAUCGACCCUUCGCGAUCCACCCUUACGCCGAGCCACCACCGGUCUAAGGGGGCUCGUGUUACGCGAUUUUCGGCACGUUCCCAGACAAGCCUCGAUCCGGUUUCCUUUAGGGUUCGUUCCUAGUAUUACGGAGAUAUAGACACGGUCAGAGUCCGUUUGAAAAACGAUCCGUGUGUCCUCGAAUCAGGUCCAAAAGCAAUUUUCUACCUUACAACGGAUUCUCGAUCGUCGGCAAUCCGAUUACGAUGAAAC